GGUACAGUACAACUACAACUACCGGUACACUGCUCCCGGCGGCGUUACUGAAACAUGAAGCGGUGUUAUGUCUACUUCUUCCUAAGUGGUCACUCGUGACUUUACCGACCCAGUGUCCGCCAACAUAAACUUUACAAUGCCUCGGAAAUGUGUAACUUACUUGUAGUAUUAGCUAAAGCUACUAGCUAACGUUACCCAGUUUAACAGGUUAACUUGUCAACACCGUCAAUACAUAAUGGAGGAUGGUGCCGAAGUUCAGACGGUUUCCUCUGAUGUUCCGAACACACCAAACCAAGAACUGAAGAAACUUUUGUCUUUUAAAGUUUACAAGAGGAGGUGGUUUGUUCUGCUGGUGCUGUGUCUGUUAAACUGCUCCAACGCUACGAUAUGGCUGACCUUUGCACCAGUAGCAGACGAGUCUGCCAAAUAUCUGAACGUCACUCUGGAGGAAAUCAACUUGUUGUCACUGGUUUACAUGGUGGUGGCCAUACCGCUCAGCUUUGGGACAACAUGGAUGAUGGACACCCUCGGGCUACGGAUCACGCUGAUUCUGGGAGCCUGGCUGAACAUGUUCGGAGGCCUGGUGCGCUUCUUUGGGAAAUCUGAGGAAGAGCGGUAUACAAUCCCGUUUUCUGCAGUGAUGGUGGGUCAGACCCUUGGUGCCAUCGCUCAGCCCCUCAUCGUUUUUGCCCCCACCAAGCUGGCUGCUCUCUGGUUCCCUGACCACCAGCGUGCCACAGCUAACACGAUCGCCUCCAUGUCCAAUCCACUGGGCCUCCUGCUGGCUAACAUCAUCUCUCCCAUGAUGGUUAAAACAGCUACACAGGUUCCAACCCUGCUGAUUGCCUACGCGGCCCCGGCAUGCGUCACCUGUUUCCUAGCAACGGUGGGGAUACGGAGCAGCUCCCCCCCCACGCCGCCGUCAGCCAGUGCCGAGUCCUCCGACUCGGAGCCGUUCGUACAGGGGAUCAAACUGUUACUGAGGAACAAAGCCUACCUCGUCCUGCUGCUGUGCUUCGGUUCGGGCGUCGCUGUUUUCACCUGCAUCUCCACGCUGCUGCAACAGAUCCUGUGUGUGCAAGGAUACACCAAUGACUUUGCUGGCGUUUGUGGCGCUCUCUUCAUCGUGUUUGGCAUCGUGGGUGCCGGUGCUCUCGGUCUCUACGUCGACAAGACCAAGAAGUUCACGGAAGCCACAAAGAUCUACCUGAGCCUCACCGCUCUUUCAUCCAUCGCCUUCUCAGUGGUGUGUCUGAUUCCGCAUCAGAAAGCCGCCGUGGCCGCCGUCUGCUCUCUUUUGGGCUUUUUCGGUUUCUCCAUUUACCCGGUGGCCAUGGAGCUGUCUGUGGAGUGUUCAUAUCCCGUUGGAGAAGCCACAUCAGCCGGACUCAUCUUCGUAUCGGGACAGGUUCAGUCUGUUCUCUACAUUCUCCUCCUUCAGGCUUUAACCAAACGGCUCACAGACUCUCCUCUGUCGACCUGCGGGGGUGUAGUCCUGAGCUGGAAGGUGCCGAUGCUCGUGAUGGCAGGACUGAUAAGUUUCUUCGCAUGCUGCUUCGUGAUCUUCUUCCACACACCAUACAGACGACUGCUGGCCGAAGAAAAGGCCACUUACGGGACCAAAGAAUGCAGCGUCUCGACAGUCUCUGAAAGCGUUCCGAGUGUGGAGAAGUGAACAUGCUGAGAGGCUCGGGACGAGAGAAAACAAAGUAGAAAGGUUUAUGGUUUUGGUAACCUCAGAUUCAUACUUAUUUUUUUCUUCUUUUUAUCAAGACAUUCAACCAUUGAUUCUUUUGUACAACAUUGGGGCCAAACUUUUACAGAUUCUACAUUAAUUCUUUUGCUACCGACAGUUAAAUUAAAACCUCAGAAUAUUAUAUCCACAUCAAUAAACUCAGCCAAUUGCAUUAUGUUUUACUUUUUUUUUUUACACGAAAACGUAGUUUGUAGGGAGGAAGUCUGUGUAAAUAGUUUUCUGGCCACUUUGUUCUAUUUAUCCCAGUGAGCUGGGAAAAAGGUUCUCUGAAUGGAAGCAAACCAUUCCUGUAGUGAU